GAAAUUUCUCAUUUCCCUUAAGUAACAUAGCUCAAGCUGAGAGGAUUCUCUACUUCAGCACAACACCCCCCAGGAGGAGCACAGAGAGAGGAAAACAAAUCCAAUAAUGGGUAUCCCAAGUACAUGGUCAAUAUUUUCACUCAUUUUGAUCAAAGUGUUGGGUCAAGAUUAUGAAAUCAGUUAUGCAGAGUAUGAAACUGAAGAAGAAUCACUGCCGGAGAUUCCUUUAUUUGUUGUGCCUGAAGAAUCAGACUCUUACGUUUUUCCAUCAAACGAAUGUGCCAAGGAAUGUUACUGUCCCCAUUUUAAUCCCUUUGCAAUGUACUGUGACCAUCGUGAUCUUAAAGUAAUACCUGAUGUCCCUAGCCACGUCCGUCAUUUAUACGUUCAGUUCAACACCAUCAACACCAUUACAGCAAAAUCUUUCACCAAUGCUACAUCUUUGAGAGAAAUCAACCUUAGCCACAAUAACCUGAGAAAAGUAGGGAAAGAGGCAUUUAGUAAACUUCAACACCUCACAAAGCUUAAUCUUGAGCACAACAAUCUAGUGGAAAUUCCACCUUCUUUACCCAAAACUCUUCAGAUCCUCCAAAUGGGCUUCAACAAAAUCUCAAAGAUAUCAUCCAACCUUAUACAAGACCUAGGAAAUAUCAUAGCGCUUGACCUGUGUGGCAACAGACUUACAGAUGAUGGUAUUAAAGGAAAGGUCCUGUCUGGCUUUAAGAACCUCCUGCAUAUCAACAUGUGUAAUAACAAACUCAAGACUAUGCCCCCUGAUCUCCCAGCCUCACUGCUGCAGCUAUCACUCGAGAACAACUCCAUCACAUCUAUACCUGAGGGAUAUUUCACGAAGACCCCAAAUAUCAUGUCUCUUCGAGUAUCCCACAACCAAAUUAAAACAAUUCCUUACGAAGCUUUUAACCUCUCACAACUCAUGGAACUCAAUCUGGGUUAUAACCAACUCUCCCAAGCCUUUUUUGUUCCUAAAAAAUUAGAGCAUCUCUAUCUCAACCACAACAUCCUCAAAGAACUUAACGUCACUUUAAUGUGCCCAACGCUGGAUCCUGACAGUCCCAACAUGCUAACCUACAUUCGCCUCGAUCACAAUAAACUGAGAGGACCCAUGGAUUACUAUGCCUUCACUUGUUUCCCAAAGAUUAGCACGAUUUUUUAUGGUGAACAGCAGACAGAUAACUAGUAUAAGCCACAAAAAACAUGAAUACCAUUCACAGGGUGGAAAAAUUUCAGCAACCAAAUAAUUUUGUUUAAAAAUAGGUGACCCUUUUUAUUUUUGGUUAGUAGAGUACAAAAUGCAAAGAUGUUUUGGACAUUAUAUACAAGAAAAAUAUGACCAACAUUAGUAAAUUAUGAGGAAAUUUGAUGCUAAUGAUUAACCAGCCAAGAGUAUUCACACAAAAGGGCUUACUUUCGAGCUGCACAAUUUGAUUUAAUAAAAAAUGUUUUACACUGCAAUUAUUUUGAAACAAAUUGCGAUCAAAUUAAUUUAUUGAUCCCCUCAAGGGUAUUUAAAUAAAUAAACAAAUACUUAAAUUAUUAACAAACUCUUCAUAAACUCAUGUCUAUGAGUAUAUUACUUGCAAAAAAAUCUGUUGUGAUUAAACAAUUGCACAGGUCCACAUUGCAAUUUUGAUUAUUAUAUAAUCAAUUGUGCAUCACUAGUUUUCUUCAUUUGUAUCACUUUAUAACAUCAAUGAAGAGAGUAACAGAAUGCAAUAACAUAUGUAGAGUGAUCAAACAUGUUAAUUUUUGGUGUAUUGUUAAAGUUCUCAAACAGUCCUCACUACUCCUUUUUAAUUUAUUUGACAUGGAAAAAAGUAUCUACAUGCCUUAAGGAUAUUUUGCAAUAAGACACAGACCACCCAAAAUGGCAAAUGCAGGAAAACUGGCCCUGUAUGCAAACAUGCAGCUUAUGCCACAUAUUUAAAGGAUUUAAAAGUAACUAACAGGCAGAUGGGAGGUAUGGGAGUUAUUAACUUACAUUUUAAGACACAAAUCCUUCCUUCAUUUAUUUGAAUGGAUUCUUUGACAAAAGGCUCGACAGAAGCCAAGAUUCCACCAUGCAAUAACCAUAAUACUAGCUAUCAUUUACAUCCUUACAAAUGAGAUUUUUGUGCAUGUGCAUGAAUGCGGUUAAGUUUGCUGACUUUAAAAUAAACAUACUGUACAAAAAAAUAUUUUUAAAAUGUGCAGAAAAUGUAUAUUAAUUAAUACAUACAUGUAAACAAUGUCUGUAUAAUAGUAUUCUUAUUUCUCUAGCUUAGCUGCAUUAUUUU